AUGACACGUAGCAGUAAUCCAGCUGUCACUGCCCUCUUGUCCCACUUCCCCAGACCUCCCACGCACAUACCUGUCCAGGAAAAAUCCAAGGACCUGUCUGAGUCACCGCCAAAAAGUGCCAAGCGGCGUGAACAUCCAAUAACAAGCCCAAACGGCGGAGACGACGAGACAAGGAUCAGUUUGGACAGACUGGAUAAGGAAUUGCCGCAACUUCCAUACAUUACACCAUUAUCGCUAGAAUUUCCAGACUUUGCUGCAGAUUCGCUACCUGAAAUAGCUGUCCAUGAUGAGGACGAUGUCGAGGAGGAUGAUGGGUUGGUAGAGGAUGAGGUUAUCAACGGGCGUCCACACAGAAUCCCUCGAUUACUUCAGAGACUCCGCCACCAGCUCGUGUCACUUGAAGGUUUGACAACACCCAACAUCUUUCGGGAAAGUGCACCCGAUGUGGAAGUAGAAAUCAAUCUAUACCAGCUUGACCACUGCGAAGAGCUUACCACGACAGAUGCGCUUGUACCCGCCACAUGCAUCAAACAUUACCUCCGGACCCUCCCCAACGUUCUCGCGAGCGAUAUCACUCUCCCUGUUGACAUGACGGAAGAUUCCUGUUGGCAGAUCAUCACCAACGAUUUGCCAAGAGACAAGCGCGAUCUGCUUUUAUGGUGUCUGGACUUGAUAGCAGUCGUCCUUCGAACCAGUGGCCAAGAAACCAACAAUGUCUCCGUCUUAUCGCUGGUCCGCACUUUUGCACCCAACCUUUAUUCCCUUCCACCCACGAGCCCUGCACCCGACCUGAUGAGGCUCACACUGCAGUUUACAAAGUUUGUUGAACUUGCACUAAAGAAAAACCUGAAAGAUUCUUCAAGGCCCGUACCAUGA